AUGGAUACUUAUAGUAAUCUACCAAUUGGAUCUUCUGGGAGGGACAAAAACAAUGUGCAUUAUAGAUGUUCACCUCACCAACUUCCGCCAUUUAUGAAAUGUCUUAGUGACAAGCAGAUAGGUUUUGUCAGGAAAAUUGGGUUUGAGAGCAUCUUGUCAAUGCAAGAUUUUAAGAUGGAUAAAGAUCUAACCCUAUGGCUGGUUGAUAAGUUCAAUUGUGACACCGAGGAGCUAGAAUUUGACGAAGGCAUAUCAAUUCCAGUGAGGCCCCUUGUGAAGUUUGUCCUUGGAAUUCCUUCAGGACCCAUCAAAGUUAUAGAGGGUCUCCAUGUCGACGAUGCUCUCUACGAACAGUACACUUGGGAUACGAGAGGGAAGAAGGCGAAGGAAGUGGCGGAAGAAAUGUGCAGCAUAACUGAGGAGGAACCGUUCUGCAUAGCCUUUAUGAUGGCGAUACUUGCAAUUUAUCUAGCACCAAAUACAUCUGUGAGUGUCAGCAGGUCAUUUCUAGGAGCUGCUCGACAGGUUGGUAAUCUCAAACAGAUGGAUUGGUGCAAUUUGGUUGCUGAUUGCCUAUUCAAAGGAAUCAAGGAUUACAAACAAUCGGAUAGAUUGUGUGUCCAUGUGAAGGGCUGUGUGCACAUUCUGAGUGUCAUUUUCAUCGAUCUUGCGAAACACCCUACACUCAUAGUUCCUGAUGGCUUUCCACGCUUGAGUGUUGUCACUACGGAAAUGGGUUGCUUCACAUCCAAAUGGGUAGUUGCACAUCCCUUUGGUAGCUUCGUGCCGGUACGCUGUCUAGAAGAGUCUGUCUAUGCUCCGGUGCUUAAUAACAUGCCAAAUGGUAACACUGUUGAAGGAGUAAAAUGCUCUGAUUCUGAUUCAAAUACUGAUGCUCUGGCCGAUCAGUUUGCAAUCACCGACACCGAUCAGAAUAACAACAAGCAUCCCAUUUUAGCAGAGCUUGGCAAUGCCAGAACAACCCAUAAUACAUCAAGCUCGCCCAUUGUUGAACAUGUAGUGUUAGAUACACCAGCUCGAGCAUCAGUUGCAGCGCCCAGUUCCUUGACAGAACACAUAAUUUUUCCAACAAGUGGCGAGCAAUUGCAGUCUGCUGGUCCUUCUGAUGAACCGCAUUCGGCACAAAUUAUGGACAGUGUGCAGGUUCCUCCGGAUACCACUGUGGAAAGGCGCAGGGGUUUGCUGUUGACGAUGGAGAAGGACGAUCGGAGCACCAAGAAGGCACGUGUGGAGCUAUCCGGGAGUGGCCAGGUGAAGCAAGCCGAAGAAGUUACCAUAAAGAUGGACAUGAGUUUGCUUAAUUGCAGCGUGUGCUCCCGCCCCAUCAAGCCCCCUGUCUUCGAGUGCAAUGCCGGGCACUUGGCUUGCUACAAAUGCCUCAUCGGGCUCCCCUAUAAACUGUGCCAGACGUGUGAGCACAGCAGUGGCUUUGGACACAUCCGGUCAUUGGACGCCAUCGUCUCCUCCUUGACAGUCAAGUGCCACCAUGAUGGCUGCGGGAGCUACGUCCCCUACUACGAGCUCGACGACCAUCAAAGUGUGUGCCCGCACGUGCCGUGCUUCUGCACGGAGCUUGGCUGUGGCUUCGUCGGUGCACCACAGGCGCUCCUCGGCCACUUGAUCGCCCUGCACGCAAUGCCAGUGCACAAGGUCCAUUAUGGCCAAGUUCACCAGCUCCGGCUGUCGGUGACGCGGCCGCGGUGCCUGCUCCAUGGGCAAGGGGACGACAGCGUGUUCCUCCUGGUCAUGGGCGUGUUCGGCGUCGUGUCUGUGGUGUGCAUCAGAGCUGAGGCAUCCUCAUGGCCGCAGUACGCUGUCAAGCUUCAGGCGAAUGGUCCGCCACCACCAAGCAGCGUAGAAGGCAGCAUUUUGUUGGCCAUGAAGCCAGUGACGAGCAGCACGAGGCCUGGGGAGGUGGCCGUGGAGGAGCUGCCGUCUUUCUUGAUGGUGCUGCCUACUUAUCUGGUUGGUUCUGGGGCAUCCAAGGAGGUGUCUCUUGACGUUCGCAUUGACAAGAUGUGA